AUGAAUGAUCUUCAAGUGGUUGGAAGUGCUAUAUUGUGUUUUUAUGGACAUGUGAAAUUUGGCACAUCUAUAAUCGGACAAGGUUUGGUUGAUGUUUUUACAGCUGUCGCUACAAAGAUUACAGAUGAUUUUAGUAUGUCUGAUUAUUUCAAGAAUAAAAUUGUAUCCUAUGGUACACAAUUAUUUGGUCUCGGGAUGCUAGAUCGGUUUGUUACACCACUUAUGUCAACACAAACAAUUAAUAUUAUUGGUUUUGGUGUCAAAACUGUCCAUGAAUUAGCUACAAAUGGAAUUAAUCUUGAUUUUUUGAAAAAUGCUGCCUUAGGUGCACUACAAGUAGCUGGUGUAAGUGAAGAUAGUUUGAAAUAUGCCAAAACAACCGUGAAAAAUAUUGAUACAGCUACAGCUUUAAUAUCGGGUGAUUUCAAACAAAUAAUGAAUGUAAAAAUAGUAAAUAAUUUUUUGCAAUUAUUUGAUGGUGAGAAUGCAUUACUAAAAGGAAAAGAAAAAGAAAUUUUAAGUCGAGCACUUAAUUUCAGCGUAGAUCUUUCGAAUUUUGAUAAAAAUAAUCCAUUAUCAAGUGCAUUUAAAUUAGUUGAAAAACAGAUUGGCUCACUACCUGUAAUUCAAUUAAUAGCUAAUGCAUUUCCACAAGCAAUAGAAGAAGAAUAUACUAAACGAAACAAAGAUAUUAAUCAAUUAAUUCAUACAACAAUUGAUUUGACCAAUUCAAGUGGACAUUUAACAACAGAUAAUGCUGUACGAGUUGUUACAGAAAUCUUUCAUGCAACAGAUCCAUCUUCUAUCUAUGAAGCAAAUAAACAUAGAUUAAAUUCAGGUGUUCGUUCUAUUGUCGAACCAUGUAUUCAACAGUGUAAACAAUUUCAAGAUCAAAUAAAAUUUUUUGAAAAUCAAUUUGUAGUUCAAAAUUGUUUUGACAUGUUACGACAACAAAAUAUCUCAUAUGAAACACUUAUGAAAUCCAAUGGUUCGAACUUAAUGAAAAAUACCAUAGGGCAGAUGGAAUUAGUUUUACGUAUUGCUUCUUUGAAUAAAUUAAAAGCUGAAAAAUAUGGCUAA